ACUGCGUCUGGCCGCCGCCGGCCGACGACGGCGCGCACGACGCCGGCGACGACGGCGACGCGGGCGCGGCGCUCGCCGAGGCCGUCACGGAGGUCGCGCGGAGCCUGCGGCGCGCGAGCGACCGGCGCCGCGCGGACGCGCCCUUCCCGAACGACCCGCCGCCGCCGCCGGGCGGCGACUCGCGGUCGCCGAGCCCGCCGGCGCGGUCCAUCUUGGCCGUGGCGCGCGCGGGCGCGAGCCGGCUCUCGCAGAUCGCCGCGGACCGGCGAGCGAAGAGCGACGCCGACGACGCCGCGGACCGCGCGGACGCGUCGCUGCUGGCCAUCCGGCGCUGCGGCCGGGCCCUGGCGCACGCGCUCGUGCGGGCGACGCUCGGCGCGCCGGCGCUCGCGGCGCGGGUCGCCGUCGAGCUCCGCGCGUCCGUCGCGGCCGCCGUCGAGCUCGGCGACGAGAAGGUCGCGCGCGGCGCGCACUCCGCGGCGCAGGUGGCCUGCGACGACGCGCUCCACGCCCUGCGCUGCGCGCGGGCGCUGCGGCGGCGCGCGGCGGCGUCCGCGGCGAGCCCCGAGGACGCGCGGCUCCUCGGCGGCGUCGCGGACGCGGCCGUCGUCGGCCUCGUGCGCGACUCCGCGAACUCCGUCGAGGUCGGCGGCAUCGCCGCGGCCUGCGCGCGCGCGGCGCUCUCCGACGGCGCCGACGCGGCCAAGGCCGGCGACGCCGCGGGCGCGCUGGCGGCCCUCGCGGCGCGCCUCGACGCCGCGGGCGCCGCGGACGCCGCGGAGCUCCUCGAGUUCGACGGCGACGUCCACGGCGACUUCGACGACGACGGCGGCGGGAGCCCGGAGCCGCGGCGCGGCGGCUGGCUCGACCCGGGGGACGCGAAGACGAACCUGAGCCGCCGCGCGGCCGCGGCGCUCGCGGCCGUCGCCGUGAGCCGCGGGUCCGCGGCCGCGGGCCGCCGCGCGGCGGCCGCGCGCGACGCGGCCGCGCGCGCGGCGCUCGACCGCGGCCUCGCCGCCGCGGAGGCCGACGCGCGGCUCGAGGCCUUCGGGGAGCCCGCGCCGGCGGGGCAG